AUGAGGCCUGAGAACCGGAGCUCCGUGUCUGAAUUCCUCCUCCUGGGGCUUCCUGUCCGGCCGGAGCAGCAGGGCAUGUUCUUCACCCUGUUCCUGGGCAUGUACCUGACCACGGUGCUGGGGAACCUGCUCAUCAUCCUGCUCAUCAGGCUGGACCCUCGCCUCCACACCCCCAUGUACUUCUUCCUCAGCCACUUGGCCUUCUCUGAUGUUUCUUUCUCAUCUGUCACCGUCCCAAAGAUGUUGAUGGACAUGCAGGCUAGUGACAAAUCCAUCCCUUAUGAAGGGUGCAUCUCACAGACAUAUUUUUUCCUAUUUUUUGUUUGUCUUGACAAUUUCCUUCUUGCAGUGAUGGCAUAUGACAGGUUUGUGGCCAUCUGUCAUCCCCUUCACUAUACCACCACCAUGAGGGAUGAGCUGUGCAUCUCAUUGGUGACUGGGUCCUGGUUCCUCUCUUGUGUCCAUGCCCUUUUACACACCCUUCUCCUGUCCCACUUGUCCUUCUGUGCUGACAACACUAUCCCCAACUUCUUCUGUGACCUCAUGGCCCUUCUGAAGUUGACCUGUUCAGACACCUCCCUCAAUGAGCUAGUUAUCUUCACUGAGGGGGUACUGGUUGCCCUCCUGUCACUGAGUGCUAUUUUUGGUUCUUAUGUGAGCAUUGGGGCCACCAUCCUGAAGGCCCCUUCCACCAAGAAGAUCUGCAAAGCUUUGUCUACCUGUGGCUCCCACCUCUUUGUGGUCUUUCUGUACUAUGGGACUGCUAUAAUUAUUUACUUAUUUCCUUCAUUAAGUAAUUCUAAAAUCAAGGACACAUUUGCUUCAGUCAUGUACACAGUGGUGACCCCCAUGCUGAACCCAUUCAUCUACAGCCUGAGGAACAGAGACAUGAAAUUGGCUCUGGGGAUCCUUUACAGAAGGGUGAUUAUUUUUGCCAAGUGA